AAUUACAAUAUCAAAUUCUAACAUAAACAAUCAUCUAGAUCAUCGUCGCCACAGCAACAGAACGGGGCCGUAUGUGUGGACAUACCAACUAAUGUGACCCUAUGCCAGGGUAUUGGCUACACUAAGAUGCGUUUACCCAACCUAUUGAAUCAUGAUACGUUGACCGAGGUGUCCCAACAGGCACAGAGCUGGGUGCCAUUGUCCCAGCUCAAUUGUCACCCGGACACACAGCUGUUCCUGUGCUCCCUGUUUAGCCCGGUAUGUCUCGACCAUCCCAUACCGCCGUGUCGUUCCCUAUGCGUAUCGGUGCAGAGCUCGUGCGAGCACGUGAUGCUCAACUAUGGCUACCCGUGGCCUAAAAUCGUAGAGUGCGGCCAAUUUCCCAUUGACAACGACAUGUGCAUUCAAGCCCAACACUCAGCCCCGGCGCCCCCGACAGCAGCACCGGAUGGUCAACAAUUGGUGGCCGACAAAAAGCCGAUCGCCACUAACCAACACACCGAGAAUAAGCACCGGAAGGGCGACCGCCAUCAUAACCGUAAGGGCGGCCAUCAUAAUAAUAACCAGGGUAAAAAGGGCAAAAAACAGGGCCGCAUGCAAACGGUAGAGGUGCCACCGGGUGUGCCCAAGGAGACUAUCUACCAGCCGCAGCCGGGUCAUUUGCAGAGGUCUGUGCAGUUGGAUUCGCAGACACCUAGGUUAAUUGACGAGCCCCAAGUGGAUCAGGCUAUGACCGCCCCAACACCGGCCACCGGUGCGGCCGAUCAACGCCCGCCCCGUAAGUGGAGUAGAGAUCAACGCCAACUCUAUAACGAUAUUAUUGCUAACUUCUGCCGAUCGGAAUGGAUUUCACGCAAAUUGAUUUAUUCAGCCCGUCUGUAUCCAAUCGUCGCCAACCGAAACGAGUUAAAAGUACGUAACUAUCGACUAAUACAGGGCUCGCUAUCGCCGGCAGCGCCGGGAGGAGCCUCAGCGCCGGCGGUCAUACUGUCGGCCAACCGUACAAUUAUCAACAAAAUACUCAACCAAACCGACGACUCAAACACUGGAUCAGUCACCGGCACCACCACCGACGACAACCAACCCAAACAGCGCCGGUACUUUAUCAUAGGCCGUACAGAUGCGAGCACCGGGCGGCACCGGGUCACCUAUGUAAUGCAAUGGCCGCACAAGUCGGCUCAAUUGCGCAAAGCUAUUAAAGCGAUUACUAGCGGCGAUUACGACUGUCAGCGCCGGGACCACAGCGAUAGUGCCGCUGCCGACGGACCCGACGGGUCGAGUAAUGGUAACACCAGUAAUGGUACCGAUGAUACAAAUACUAGGGAUAGGACUGCCGGUAAUAAUCAUCGGAAAAAUCAUAGGAAAUCCGGCGGUAGAGUUGUGCCGGCCAUGGGUUGCGUACAGUGCACCGGUACUGACACUAAACCACCCUCA